UGCCCUAAAUGGUCGUCUGGUCCUUCUGGUCUCCCUCGCCCUUCAACAGCUUCAAUCCGGUUUUCUUCAAACCUUAGCAGCCGCUCAUAACCAGUCCCCAAGAUCAUGGCAUCUCCAUCUCGUUUUGAGCCUGCACCGAUAAAAUCGCGAAAACAGGACCCAGCAUGGAAACAUUGUCAUGUUUUUAAGGAUGGGGAGAAGGUGCAACUCAAGUGUGUUUAUUGUAGCAAAGUGUUCAGGGGUGGUGGAAUUCAUAGGAUUAAGGAACAUUUAGCUACUAUAAAAUCGAGUAAUGCAUCUCCUUGUACAAGUGUUCCACCUGAUGUUCGUGAUCAAAUGCAAGAAAAUUUGGAUUCGGUUACGCCUAAGAGGAGGAAGACACAAAAGAUUGGGGAAGGGAAAAUGAGGAUUGCUAAUGAGUCUGAUGCCAAUACUGAACUGCAAUUUAUUGGAGCAGCAGAUAACCUUCAAACUAGUUCAGCUUCAGGUUUCUUCGUUAGUCCAGAAGGGACUAGUAGUGCUACAGGGGAUAGGAAGAAGAGGGGCAGGAAAAGUUCUUUUACCAAUGCCAAUGCUGUUGCUGCCAAUCCUACCUUGUUAGUUGCAGAUGCUGCUGCUCCUCUUAACUCUGUUGGGUUUGGUGUAGGUGCUGUUCCUCUUAACAAUACAGGGUUUGGUGCAGAUGUUGUUGCUCCUCUUAACAAUACUGGAUCAGGUGAAAAGGAAGUGAACAAUCAGUUACAUAUGGCAAUAGGGAGGUUUCUGUUUGAUAUUGGGGCACCUUUGGAUGCUGUUAACUCUGUUUAUUUCCAGCCAAUGGUUGAUGCUCUUGUCUCAGGAGCAUCAAAGUCUCCAAUGCCCUCUCAAAAUGAUCUUCGAGGUUGGAUAUUGAAGAAUUCGGUUGAAGAAGUGAAGGCUGAUGUUGGUAAAAUAGCAGCAACAUGGGUGAAGACUGGUUGUUCUGUUUUGGUUGACCAACAAAAGACAGAAACCAAAGUCAUGUUUAACUUUUUGGUUAAUUGUCCUGAAGGAACAGUGUUUUUGAAAUCCACGGAUGCAUCUGGUUUUUUAAGUUCCUCAGAUGCUUUGUAUGAACAGCUUAAGCAAGUGGUGGAAGAAGUUGGGGUUAAUAAUGUUAUGCAAGUAAUAACUAAUAUUGAGGAGCAAUGUGUCAAUGCCACUAGAAGAUUAGCAGAUGCUUUCCCUAGUCUGUAUUGGACUCCUUGUGCAUCUUGUUGUCUGGAUAUGAUACUCAGGGAUUUCACAAAACUUGAUUGGAUAGAUACAGUAAUUGAUCAGGCAAGAUCUAUGACAAGAUUUGUCUACAACCAUAGUGCAGUUCUGAAUAUGGUAAGAAGGUAUACUUUUGGCAUUGAUGUUGUAGAGCCAGCUGUUACUCGCUCAGCUUCAAACUUUACAACACUGAGAAGGUUAGUUCAUCUCAAACACAAUUUGCAGUCAAUGGUUACUUCACAGGAGUGGGUGGACUGCCCAGACUCAAAGAAACCUGGUGGACUGGAAAUGUUGGAUAUUGUGAGUAAUGAGGCAUUUUGGUCCUCCUGUGUUCUCGCUAUCCAGUUAACAAAUCCCCUUCUACGAGUUCUAGGAAUAGUUUGCAGUAAGAAGCAGCCAGCAAUGGGAUAUGUCUAUGCUGCCAUGUAUCGAGCAAAAGAAACAAUUAAGAAAGAAUUAGUUAAGAGGGAUGCUUACAUGAUCUACUGGGAAAUCAUUGACCGCUGGUGGCAACAGCUAUGGAAGCAUCCUCUCCAUGUUUCUGGCUUCUACCUUAAUCCAAAGUUCUUUUACAGCUUUGAAGGAGACAUGCCUAAAGAGAUACACUCGGGGAUGCUUGAUUGCAUAGAGAGACUGGUUCCUGAUAUAAGAGUGCAAGAUAAAAUUGUCAAGGAGCUACACUCAUACAAGAAUGCUGUUGGAGAUUUUGGGAGGAAGAUGGCAAUUAGAGCUAGAGAGGCCCUGCUUCCUGCUGAAUGGUGGUCAACAUAUGGAGCAAGUUGUCCAAAUUUGGCACGUUUGGCUGUCCGUAUUCUUAGUCAGACUUGCAGUUCACAAGGACUUAAUCAGAAUCAGGCUCUUUUUGAACAAAUAAAUGAUGUCAGGAAUUGCCUAGAGCAUCAACGGCUCAGGGACCUCUUCUUUGUUCGGUGCAACAUACGACUCAAGCAAACAGCUUGUGAAGACAAAAAUCAACAUAAUUAUUUGGAUCCCAUAUCAUUUGAUGCCAUGUCUGUUUUGGAAGAAUGGGUAAGGAGUGACGUAUACUUUGAAGAGUUUAGUAAUUCAGAUUGGAUGGUGCUCGAUCAGGUGGCAGUGAACACAAUGCACUUAGGACCUCCAGUUGAUGAUGUUGAUGAGUUGGGUGCAGGAUUUGAUGAUUAUGAAGUUUUUGAUAUAAGGGAUGAUGAGUGAAAUGUUUGCCUUAGACCAUAUUGUUAGCAUAAGAGAAUUGAGGGGAGAACAGUGGAGGGCUCAAGAUGUGGUUGCUGUCUUGCAGAGCAUGUUGUUUCUGGAGUUAUCUUGCAUUGUCAUUGAUGCAUGGUUUUGUAUCGAGUGGUGGCUUGGUGCUGCCUCUCUCUUUUCAGACAUGGGGGAAUAUGAAUGGAUUGUAUGCGGAAAAUGAACGGAAGAAUAAUGAAUGUUAUUCCUAUUGCAAUUUCAUAAUUCCAAGUUCACUUGUAAGUUCAUAACUAAGCUUGGAAUUGAACUGCAGGAAUGUCAAUGUAAUUGUACUGACUGUUGGCUGAUUUUUCAUCUUGAACAAGAAAUGUCCUACCCCUUGCCAUCUUAAAAGAUAGAUUCUAAACAAAUCCGGUUUGUAGUU